CUGAAUGGACACCCAAAUAGCCCGGCCUUUUGAACCAUUUUCUUUAGCCUCACAAAUUAGGUGUCUGUGCCCUCUGGGGCGUUUUUAAGGGUCUCAUCAUCCUCUUCACGGUCCGAGGCAGCUUAGAACAUCACUCUCUAAUUGGCGCAAGAAACUCUGUUACGGAAUAACACCGAUGACUUGUCGUCAUGGACCGAGGAAAAUAACACGGCGCGGUUGCAUGACAUGUUUCUACCCCAUUCGAACAUCUUAAUUAGUCCACAAAGAUCAUGUCCUGAACAGGUCGAAAGCAGGCGCGGAGUCCAACUCGAUAUUUAGGCCAACUGAGUAGCCGGCACUUGUACGAACCGAAGUUGGACCAUGGCACCACGGCGAACCAACAUCAUGAUUUCUGGUUGGGAUCUAUUCGUCUUUUGGACCGUGGCACUUGUUUCAUUCGUCCCUUACACUCCCAACGCCUAUGGGCUGAAAUGGAUAGCGUUGACCAAGGAAAACAAGAACACAGUGUGGACCAACGCGACAGCCUGUAAAUCUAGCCGCCUACUAGUCUCCCCACAGAAGUCACUUUGCAAGAGAAAUCUUGACGCCAUGGCGGCUGUGGUCGAGUCUACCACUGUGACCUUUGACACCUGUCAACUUCAAUUUCAAGAUCGACGAUGGAACUGUAGCAGUAUCAACUCAGCGCCAAACUUUACUCCUGAUCUGAACAAAGGUACCCGCGAAGCAGCUUUCGUUCAAGCCCUAUCAGCAGCUAGCCUCGCACAAACUUUGGCCUUAGAGUGCAGCUCUGGUAUGCUGUCCCGGUGUGGGUGUGGUCAGUUGCCGCUGGGGGAAGACAAAGAAGCCCACCCUAACAACCCCCAGGAGGCAUUCCGGUGGGGAGGCUGCAGCGAUGACGUAGAUUAUGGGAUUGAGUUCACUACCAGAUUUGCCAACGGCCCUCUGUUGACCAAUCGGAACAGAGACAACCCGAGAUCCAAGCUGAACCUACACAACAACAAUGCCGGCUUGAAGUUGAUAGAGUCGACGAUCAAGAGAAGAUGCAAGUGUCACGGUGUGUCGGGCUCGUGCAACCUCAAGACUUGUUGGAAAGCCCUACCCAACAUCUCUGUAAUAGGAAUGGCCCUAAAGCGGAAGUACUCUGGGGCAACUGAAGUUUCUUUCCGGCGCACCGUGGUGAGACGUGAACUGGUCCCCAAAGAUCCACAGCUGAAGGACUACACCCUGUAUGAUUUGAUCUACCUGACGGCCUCCCCUGACUACUGCAGACAGAACAUCAAGGCUGGGUCCUAUGGCACACGUGGAAGGACUUGUAAUAGGACCUCGCCACGUACUGAAGGCUGUGACUUGAUGUGCUGUGGACGAGGCUACGAGACGCUGGUUACUGAAGUCACGGAACAGUGCCGUUGCAAGUACAAUUGGUGCUGCUACGUCACGUGUGACGAAUGCCGCCAAAUUGUGGAGAAGGACGUGUGCUUGUAGUUAGACUCUCUGGUGUCUAAAACCUACACGUUCUGAGGAGUUUCUCUCAAAAUAAUUAUAUAAGUUUCCAUGGUUCUGUCAAUAAAGGUAAAACAUGUAUUGCACUCGUUGUAAAUAAAUCGCGCAAAAAACUAAUAAGUGCUAUUUAAAGGAGUGGCUUCGUUGGAAAAUAUAUAAUUCAUAUGCAUUUUUCAUCAGCAAUGGAGUGACAUUUACCAACAUUCCAUUAAAUAAAAAAUAAGGGGUUCGUCUUGUAAACAAAAUCUUUCUUUGUCACAUAUUUUUGGGUCCGCAAUUGUUCAGUCACUCCCAGGACUUGAGCUACGCCUUGACGAAUUACUCAUUUCUUGUACAUCUGCUUUCCAUUUUCCAGAACAAGGAUCAUAAAAUUAUAAUCAUUUAACAAUACUACAUCAUUAAAGUUGUUUUGUAGUUCGAAGUCCUAUAUAUUACAUAAGUAAACCUUGGACCUGUAUAUAAGAGUAUGAAAGUUAUAUAGGCGCUUGGAUAUUUCCAAUGUCAUUUAUUCGUUGCAUUGUUUCUUUUUUCCUUAGUUUUAGUUUUUGCCCUGUGAAUAAAACAAGAGCUGAAUUUCUACCCACUGUAAAUAAAACCCAACCCUGAUGAUGUGUUGCCAGUUGCUGUUUUUUUUAAAUAGAUUUUCCUUUGGCAUCAGACUGAUAC